CACCUUGGUGCUGUCAUACAAGUGGGGAGCAACUAAAAACGAUGAAGUCGGCGGAGAGGUUGGAUGAUUAUAUCACACCCACCGUGGUAUAAAAGACCUCUGGUUCAAAUUGGUGGCAUACAGCGAGCUCACGUUGUCCUGCGGUGAAAAGAAGAAAUCAUGAGAGUCCACGUCGUCAUCCUGCUGCUGGCGCUGGCGGCCAUGCCUGCCCGCUCCAUGGAUGAUGGUAGCGAUUCAGUAGAUGAGGACGAGUCCAGGGAAGAGUCCGGGGAUGAGUCCGGGGAUGAGUCCGGGGAUGAGUCCGGGGACGAGUCCGGGGACGAGUCCGGGGAAGAGUCCGGGGAAGAGUCCGGGGAUGAGUCCGGGGAUGAGUCCGGGGAAGGGUCCGGGGAUGAGUCCGGGGAUGAGUCCGGGGAUGAGUCCGGGGAAGAGUCCGGGGAAGAGUCCGGGGAAGAGUCCGGGGAAGAGUCCGAGGAAGAGUCCGAGGAAGAGUCCGAGGAAGAGUCCGGGGAGGAUUUCGAGGAAGAGUCCGGGGAAGAAUCCCGAGAAAUGUCAGAUGACGACAUUUAUUAUUAGAAUUAGGAUGAUGGUGCAUAUGAGAAGGGUCGGCAACCCAAAAUGUUGAAAGAGCCAUAUUCGACCAAAAAAAAAAAAAAAAAAAAAAACAAAUAAAAAAAAAAUCUGUCUGGAGCCGCAAAAAAUUAAAAGCCUUAUAUAAGCCUUAUAAUGAAGGCAACACAUGCUGCAAGUGUCUAUAUUAGCCUACUAUCCAAAUGACAUAAUGAGCAUUCAUGAUUAAAGAAUGACGCACCACGUGACUACUCUGCUGUACGACAGUGUUUUAAGUUACUUCCAUUAUUGAUGUGUUAUGUUUCAUCGCAUUGAUGAAAUUAUAGAAAUAUAAUAAAGAAAAAUGAUUUUCUUUUUUAAA